AUGUCAGCUCUCAUCAGUCUCUGGAGGCAUCAGGUCGACCACGAGGGUAGCCCCUACACCACCCCUCGUUCGAGCCUCUACUCCAAGCUUCUCAAGGCAUACAGUCAGCUCCAUGUCAGGAAGAGGCAGGCCAACCACGAGGAUAAAGGGAAGGGCUCUGACGGCGACGGCAUCCAGAGCCGAAAACAAUUGGCGGAUAUCCGCCAAGCGUUCUUCUGCAAGGGUACCUUCGUCGGUCUUCGGGACCUGGCCGCGUUUGACUGGGGACAUGGAGGUCUACUGCGAGGUGACAACCAGAGGCAGCUGCAGAUCUCGGACAUGGGUGUGCAGUACUUUGAGGAUAGCGCCAUAAGUGACCCAACCCCCGCGGUCGCUUUCUCGUGCCGAAUAACGUCAUCCAAGACAAACAAAAACGGAACGAUGCAGCAGGUCGGGAUGUUUCGUGCCCGAGAUUGGAAGGUUUGCCCUGUUGGCGGUCAGACUAUGUACUGGUUCAGCCGGCUACAUUGCUCUACCACCGAAUGGCCUCAUAGCAACACUCCGUUCCCCAAUCUCUCGCAGAGGAGCCAUUGGUACCAGGGUCUGCCGUACUUUACCAAUACUGGCAGCAAUACCCAGGGCAUCUCCUACGGCACUCAGCUGUCAUCGGCAAAAGAUGUCUACUCGACCGCAGGCGUCCAAAGUCGUUUAUACACUCACGACGGUCGCCGGUUUGGAGCUCGUGUGGCCGUCAAGAGUGGCGCUCCGGAUGGACAGGUCCAACGUCUGGGCCUAUGGGCUUCAGACGUCAAGGACACCCAUUAUCUGGACGUUCUGCCUGAACACACCAUGCGCGCCCUUGCCGGUCACCCCCCAUACCAGGGUACGUUCUUCUUGGCCCGAGCUGUCCAAGUGCCCCGGGACUUAAUGGAGAUGGUCUUUCCAAUGGUGGAGGAAUGGCUGGACCAUUUCUCCUCCCCUGGCCACAUUAACUCCGACAUUGAAGCUGUCCAGUGGCUGAAGUACCUGAAGGAGCUCCGGCUAGUCUUUAUCCAGGACAUCCCUCACUGGAGGCAGCUCUAUCCAGAGCACAGCAUCUUCCGUCACCCCAUCUUCACCGACCCCGACUCCCCCUAUCACGCCUAUGAGAAGGACGCCCUCGCGUCCACGCUCAGUCGUGACCGCAACCCUCCCCUGCGUGAUGCUAGCGAUGCUGCCAGGUCCCAGCACACCAUGGAACAGGUAAAUCGCAACACACACAGGCUCGACGAUGUCUUCCAGGUUAUGCAAGAUGUUCUAGAAAAGGUGCGGGAGGUGAAAGAGGAUGUUGAUGAGACGCAUGAGGCGUCACUGGAGACCCGUAUGUCUGUCCUGAAGGUACAGGAAACUCUAGGGAGAAAAAUCAAAGGAUUGGCGAAGGGGCAGGACCAGAUCCGGGAGGGGCAGGUCCAAAUGAGAGACAUGAUAUGCCAAAGCAUAAUCCCGAGUCUCUCCGGACCCCAGGAUGAUGCCGUGGCCCAGCUCCUCGGGACUUUUGCAUCUGCUUCUUCCUUUGUCUCCCAGCUGCCGGUUGACGGAGCUGUAUCUGGUCAAGCAUCCUCAGGGUCUGGGCUAGGGUCGUCCUCUGGUGCCGCUGCUGCUGCUGAGGGCAGCCCGCCUCCAGCAGCGCCCACGUCUGUUCCCACAUCUGUCUCCGCGUCUGUCCCCACCACGUCUGGACCUUUUGCCCCGGUCGUAAAAGGAUUUAUAUCCAGAAAGGUCAACAAUAUCGUGGACGCUAUGACAGAGUGGGAGACAGGUCUUGCCGGUCAACCCUCAAUCAAGGAGCGAUUCCCUUACACCUUCCAUUGGGGUAAGGACCUGGAUUCCCUUGCAGAAAGGAAAUAUUGGGAGAAGCGACGAGCGGUCGCAAAUAUGGUGAAUCACAUUCUCAACCACCCAGACGUCGGUCCACGUCUUGUCCAACAACCACCCACAAUAGCUGAGGCCGCUACUGUCCUGGACAGAUGGAGACUGGCGAAUGGUCAUAAGUCCUGGGGCAAAUUCAUGAAGGUCGCUGGGGGGUUCGUCCAAAAUGACAUGGAAAAAAUAAUAGGUGAGCCCCUCCAUCCCCUCCUUCCCUUCCUCAGUCACUUUAUGUAG